CGCGCCAUUCAAAGAACUGAGUUUACCGUCUACCUAGCGAGUUCACGCAUCUUAAUUUUCGACUGUAAACUCGAGUUAAAUCGAUAGCCGGGUUUAGGAUGAAAAAGGAAACAAAGCGACUGUUAAUUCGGGGGAUUCUUUUCGUGCUUUAUUUAACAUUAGGCAUGGUGGUUUUUAGACAACUCGAAUCCCACAACGAACAACUUGGUAUACGGAAGGCGAAGAGAGCUAUAGAAGACAUGUUGGUUAAGUACAACAUAAGCCAUCAAGAGAUGAAAGAAUUCGUUGAAAUCAUAACCGAGGCAGAAAGUUGGGGCUUCACAAGUGGAUGGUUAGAAAAAUGGAGCUUUAUCGGAUCACUUUUCUUCUCCGGAACUGUCAUUACAACAAUCGGUUAUGGACAUUUCGCUCCAAGAACGUUGUCAGGUCGUCUGUUCUGCAUGGCUUACGCUUUUUUUGGUAUACCGAUCACGUGGUUGAUGCUGACGUCAUUAGGUCGAAAAAUCGUGGAGCACAUUGGCUUGGCACUGCAGAACAGAGAAUGCAAACCAGAAAGCAAGCUGUUCAGCCUGUUUUGUCUGCUUGUUGCUGUACUGCUGGCAGCCGUUGUUAUGGGCAUCAUCGCCAUAGUGGGAAUGUUUGCAGAGGACUGGACAUUCUUCGAAGGAAUAUAUUUCGCUUUCAUAAGUUUAACCACCAUCGGAUUUGGCGACUAUGUUCCCAUGCAUCCAAAGUUUGAUCCUGAAGAUGCAGAGCGAUCUUCGUUCGUGAUAUCUUUGUUUGUUUUAUUUUGUCUUCUGUUGUUUUCCUUCGGGCUUGCUGUCAACACUAGUGUUCUAUUAUCGAUACGAAAAAUCAUGGAAGAUAAGGCAAUUUUUGGUUUUCAAUCGCUAUACAGUACGGAUACUGACGGAGAGACAGACGUUGAAGAGGAAGUAACUAGAAUAACAAGAUUAGAAAGAUAUGACGGAAAACAUAUUUGCUAUCCAUGUUGCUGGCUUGGCUUUUCACACGGAGGCAUGUGGAUCGCAGAAAGCUCGAGAAAUCUGGUAAUUCAAAUAGCUUUAUUCCUUGUUUAUAUAUUUUUGGGAGCUGUCGUUUUUCAAGCGUUGGAGUCGCAAAAUGAAGAGGAGGAACGUAAAGCGAUGGUCGUGGCGCGAGAUCGUUUUCAGGAGAAAUACAACAUUUCUCGAGACGACCUAAAAAAUUUCAUCGAUCAAAUCGAGCAGAUAGCGGAUCACGGUUUUAGCCAACACUGGAUCAGACGAUGGACAAUAUUGGGUUCGUUGUUUUUCGCAGGAACCGUUGUGACUACUAUAGGUUAUGGUCAUGUGACGCCUUGCACAGAUGCAGGCCGUAUAUUCUGCAUCUUCUAUGCCUUAGUUGGGAUACCGCUGACCUGGCUCAUGCUAUCAACGCUAGCGCAAUACAUUAACGCGUGUAUUGGCCGAGCUCUGGAAUGUUGCUACGAACGAGUUCUUCGACGAAAACCGGUAGGGAUUGGGAUUAGGUCUGCAGCAAUCACACUGGCGAUUAGCGCGUCUAUGAUUUUAAUCAUUGCCUUGUUCGGAUGUUACUGGGAGGGCUGGCGCUACCUUGAUGGCGUCUAUUUUGGAUUUAUAACAUUAACAACAAUUGGCUUUGGAGACUUUGUUCCUCUGCACCCGUCGCCUAAUCGAGAUCCCGAAGGAUAUAGGUGGCACGUACUAAUGUUUACAGUCCUGAGUAUUCUUUACUUCACUAUCGGGUUAGCUAUCGUGUCCAGCGUGUUGUUAUCGAUCAGAAACGCCAUGGAAGAGAGAUCUCUGUCUGGAUUCCAAGUUCUAAAAGAACCAGAGGAAGACUGAGACCUUGUAUAAAUUUGAAGAAAGCGUAAGAUACAUCACAGAAAGAAAGUCACUAAUUCAAUGCUCCUCGUCACUCCUCAAGAUCUGUAAAACACUCCAGAAAUAGGUGCCAUCGUCA